GGCUUCUAUCUCUGACUCAGAAGCAACUAGAAAGAAGCUCAGGUUCAUUCAGUAAUUCACGCGUUAUAUCACUGUGUGUCAACUACUUAGCUUUUCACUUUUACUACUUGCCGAUUAAAAUAGCGCACUAAACACGUUUAAUCCGGCUUCCCAAAAUAUGACGUUGUGUCUCCCGUGUGUGGCGCACGAAGGGACAUCCUCCGUAGGGCAGCGGACCAAGAGGCUCUCCUGACUUGAGCAUCAUGUGGUGGGCUUGGCCAUUCCUGCCUGCUCUGAUGCUUCUGUCGGAACUUUCGGUGGUGGCGGUCCAGGCGGCACCAUGCCAGACCUGCCAGAAACUUGCUGAGAGUUUAAUAAAGGGCUUGGAGAGAACGGCCAACAAAAACUUUGGGGGAGGCAACACUGCCUGGGAGGAAGAGAAACUGGCAAAGUAUGCUCGCAGUGAGACUCGCCUCCUGGAGAUAGUGGAGAGUGCAUGUGAGAAAACAGACUUUGAAUGCAACCAACUACUGGAGCAGAUAGAGGACCAGGUGGAGACAUGGUGGUUCCACAGACAGCAAGAAGCUCCUGACCUAUGGGAGUGGCUAUGCAUAGAGGAGCUGAGACUCUGCUGUCCACCUGGACACUUUGGACCUGACUGCAAAGAGUGUCCAUCAGGCCCUGGUGGUGUGUGUGGAGGUUUGGGCCGCUGUGAAGGCGAGGGGACUCGAAUGGGAGAUGGAGAAUGUGUCUGCGAUCCUGGAUAUUCGGGUCCCUUGUGCCAGAACUGUGCUGAUGGGUACUACAGAGAGAAAAUGGUUAAUAGCAGCACUGGAGCCUGUGCAGCUUGCUUCUACUCAUGUAAGAAAUGCUCAGCGCCACAGGACUACAAAUGUCUUGACUGCAAACCCGGCUGGAUGCUUCACGACAACAAAUGCGUGGACAUUGACGAGUGUGGUACCGAGCUGUCUCGUUGUCCUUCUAACACAUACUGUCACAAUACGGACGGAUCCCAUGAGUGCAGAGGAUGUGACCAGGCAUGUGUGGGCUGUAUGGGCAGUGGUCCUGCCCGCUGUAAGAAAUGUGCACGUGGCUACAAAUUGAAAGGAGCCAAGUGUCUCGACGUAGAUGAAUGUAGUGAACGUGCAAUAGCGUGCCCAGGACUCAAUGAGGCGUGCAUCAACGAGGUAGGCUCCUUCCACUGUGACUGUGCUGAUGGCUUCAUCAGAAGAGACAGCAUUUGUGUUGAAAAUAAGCCUCCAGUUGAUCCAGAGAUAGGGCUUUUUGACGACAUGACAGACGACGAGGUUCUUGUUCUGCAACAGAUGUUCUUUGGUGUCGUGAUCUGUGCCCUGGCGACGCUUGCUGCAAAGGGCGACAUGGUUUUUACUGCUAUUUUUAUUGGCGGCGUGGCCGCGAUGGCAGGUUACUGGCUGACAGAGAAGGGGGACUACAUGUUGGAUGGAUUCCUGAAGGGUCGGUAGGAUGUUGGAGGAUUUGCUGCAUGUAAGUGUGAACUAAUGACAGCUCAGCUGGGGCUGGGUAAUUUUGUAGCCUUAGUGGGAUUCAAAUGGGUUGAGAAGUCAUUGGAAGGGUCUUUGGUAUGUUUGUGUUCAUCGAUGGAGAACAUCUCAACCUGAAGACUACGGCACUGAGAAGUGUGAAGAGGAAUGAAACCACACUGCACUGAUUUUUAAUGGAACUGAAUUCCGUACCUCAUUUGUUAGGGAAAAUGGUUUUGCAAAGACCUCAACUGAUUGUUCAAGUCAUUUACGAUAUUAACUAAUCUUCAACAUGUCACCAUGUUCAUUGUUUUUCAUAUAUCUCAAUGCUGUGAAGUACGGAAUACCAAUUAAGUUCAUCACAACUCUG